UCCAGAUGGCAGGUUGCGGCUUUGACAUGUAAAAAUAAGUUGCAUAUGAAACGUCAGCGGCUGGCUAUCGAGCUACGACGCGCGUGUUGAUGAAUCGCGAAAACUAACGGGACAAAAUAGCAAGAUCGGGGGGCAGACCACAGCAGUAUCGCCUUGGUCACCUGCGUCUGUAGCCCCUCCCGAGUGGUAACAGGGCAUAGCAAGGAAGGCCCACGGCAUCAAUGCUGAGGGGAGGAGUUUGGGAGAUGGCCUCGCCCUUCGCCCCCGUCCGCAUGGAGCGGACGCGCUCACGGGUCCGACGGACCGUCUCGUUGAGCAGUCUCUUCAGCGGCUCGGGCUUCUCGUCCCGGAAGAUGAGCGUGGUGCUGGAGGGGUCGUGCCCCACCCCGCCCUCCCGCGGCCGGCUCAAUGGGGCGGACUCUUCCGCCGAAUACUCCGGCUGCCCCAGCCCCCGGGACGACCCCCAGGGCUCCAGCUGGGAGGAGCGGCCCAUCACCCCCACGCUGCUGGGGUACGAGGUCAUGGAGGAGCGGGCCAAAUUCACAGUAUAUAAGAUCCUUGUGAGGAAGAGCCAGGAGGAGAGCUGGGUGGUUUUCCGGAGGUACACGGACUUCUCCAGGCUACAUGACAAGCUGAAGGAUAUGUUCCCAGGAUUCCGAUUUUCUCUGCCACCCAAGCGCUUUUUUAAAGACAACUACAACACUGAAUUCCUGGCGGACAGGCAGCUGGGACUUCAGGUCUUCCUACAGAACCUGGUCGCGCGCAAAGAAAUCGCCACCAGCCUGGUGGUGAGAGAGUUCCUGUGUCUGGACGAACCUCCCGGUCCUUUCGACAGUUUGGAGGAGAGUCGGGCCUUCUGCGAGACCCUGGAGGAGACCAACUACCGGCUGCAGAAGGAGCUGGUGGAGAAACAGAAGGAGAUCGAGCGACUGCGCAAAGCCCUGGAGGAGAAGCAGCUCCACAUCGAGGUCCUGGAGAAAAGGAUCAAUGGGGACUGCCUGACUCCAGCCAGUCUGGAGAGCCCGUGCAGGCUGUCGGGGGUGGGCAGCUCGAGCAGUGUGGACGCAGACGUAGACGUGGAGUCCCCCCCUGUGGAGGGUGACCGGGAGACGGACCAAGAGGACGGGUUCGGUGCCCAGUGCUCGGGAAAAGGCCAUGGCGCGUGCUGGUGUGGGCCAGCCCGUGGAACCUCCCCGCCCGGCAUCCAGGUGACAGAGGUGUCCCAGGGGUAACCACACGUCUGACCUCACACCUCACCCAUGCUUGGACACGGGAGCAUGCAGGGAUUCUCUGCCUCUCUCCAUCCCUCCCUCUCUCUUUCUCUCUCCCCCUCUCUCU